GUGGGAUGUGUUGUCGACAGAAUUUACGAUAACAAGAAUAAUAAUGGUCAUGGCAUUUCAUUAUUAUUAGGAAAUCGUAAGAAAAAUGAAUCAAGAUUUGAUGGCUUUUCCAUAAAUAUCGAAGGAUCAAAACGUCAUCAAUAUAAAUCAAAUUCAGUCGGUAGAUGGAAAAAUCUUGACGAUUUUAAAGAUAAAAAUGACAAAUUAUCUAAUUUAUUUGAUAUUAAAAAUUUCAAAUCGAUUUCAAGUGUUCCUAAUGAAUUUGAUUUACCCGAGGAACUGAAUUUGUUGAAAAUUAAAAAUAUAAGUCCGGACUUGAUUCUCUUGGCUUCUGAUUCUGAGCCGUAUCAAUUCUUGGAAUCUUUAGAUCAUCAUUUUCCUACAAGUCGGCCUUUUAGUUUAUUUCAUAAUAAUAAUGUUUUGUCUAGGGGUAUUAUAGGAGUUGCAAUUACAGACGAAUCAUUCAAAAAUCAACUUGACGUCGAUCAUCCAUCGUUAAAUGCCGUUGGGGAUCCAUUGAAAAUCACGAGUUGUCGUGGAAAUAUAAUUUUAGAACUUGAUGGUACAAAUCCUACCAGAUUACUUCUAAAUAGAUUACAAUCUGGUAAUGACAAGGGAAUUUUAUCCAAAGAAACCGAAUUUUAUCUUGGAUUAUAUGAUCAUAAUGACAAGGAUAAUCAACUUGAUGAAUCUAAUUUAAUGAUUAAUAAAAUAUCAAGUGGAGAUCCCGUGAGAGGAAAUAUGGCAGUUGAUACUACAAUGGAUCUUAAGGAAGGGCAAUUUGUGAAGUUUUUUUAUAGGAAGAAAGAAUUUGAUGCGACAUAUUUACAAAAUAAAUUAAAAGAAAAUGUUGAAAUACAGAUCGCAAUGUCAACAUUAGAUCGGGAUAUAAUAGACCCGGUAGCUAUCAGUAAUAUGUUAAAGGUAUAUAAUAAUAAGAAUAUUUUUGGAGCCAUUGGUGAGAAUGGAAUUAUAAUUGGUAAAGGUAAUGGAAUCACAUGG